AUGGCUUCCAACCGUGGAUUCGCGACCAUCGAUUUCGAUCCCACAGCCGUCGAUCGUCGGUUAUGUGAAAUCUUCAACUACAAAGCCACUUCAGUUCAACAAGAAACCAAGCGCCACGCCGUUCGUGAUUGGCCGGACAACUGUGGCCCCGCUGCGGACAGAGAGGUGUGCGCCGUGUGCAUGGAGAACCUGUAUGGGGAAUAUUGGACGGUCGGAGUUCUUCGCUGCCAGCAUCGUUUUCACAGCGGCUGCAUCGGAGAAUGGCUGCUGCGGAAGAGUGCUUGCCCUCUUUGCAGGGCCAUCGUUCUUCACAAUUAA